CAGCAGCUCCGGACAGCCAUGGCUUGCAGCAGCGCCACUUGAGAGGCGGAGAAAGAAGAGGGAAGAGUUGUGGGGCAUGACGAGGCGCCGUUCGGGGCACUUCCCUGCUGAGGAUGUAUCGCUGUCAGCCUGACAUGUAGCAGUAUGCAGUUUUGCGCGGCCCGCCAGAUUGGAAGGACGGAUACAUCAACACUCAACUCUUCUUUACUCUCCUGAAUUUAUCAUUUUACUUCACCUCUCGGAGUGUUGGCGAUGGUGGUGGCGGCAGUGACGGGCCCAGUGAUCCUGCCCAUCAAGCUCCUCAUGGAUGUUUUGGAGUGUUGGCGAUGGUGGUGGCGGCAGUGACGGGCCCAGUGAUCCUGCCCAUCAAGCUCCUCAUGGAUGUUUUGGAGUGUUGGAGGCAGCGAUGUGCCCAAUGAUACUGCUCAUCAAACUCUUAAGUCUCUGCUUGUUUUGGAGUGUUGGCGAUGGUGGUGGCGGCAGUGACGGGCCCAGUGAUCCUGCCCAUCAAGCUCCUCAUGGAUGUUUUGGAGUGUUGGAGGCAGCGAUGUGCCCAAUGAUACUGCUCAUCAAACUCUUAAGUCUCUGCUUGUUUUGGAGUGUUGGCGAUGGUGGUGGCGGCAGUGACGGGCCCAGUGAUCCUGCCCAUCAAGCUCCUCAUGGAUGUUUUGGAGUGUUGGAGGCAGCGAUGUGCCCAAUGAUACUGCUCAUCAAACUCUUAAGUCUCUGCUUGUUUUGGAGUGUUGGAGGCAGCGAUGUGCCCAAUGAUACUGCUCAUCAAACUCUUAAGUCUCUGCUUGUUUUGGUCAAUCUGCAAUAGUGAACGGUGUUUUUAUGGUGAAAAAUGUGCAGCCCAACCACAGGCUAACAUAACCCACCCACAGUCUGUCACCGCUUAUCACAACCCACCAACAGCCAGUCUGUAGGUGGAUGUAUACCAUGAGAAAAUCAUAGAAUCCUGCUCAAUCAACCUCCAUGGUUUGGUAUCAGUGAUGUCAUAAAUUUCUCUAAUUUGUAAUAAUACUGUUUAUCUUGUCUCAUAGUAAACACAUUUAGUAGAUAAUUUGUGGCGCCACAUUUGGUAGUCAAUAUUGCAACCUGCCUGAGCAAAGUGUAAGCAUCACUUGUAUGAGUUCUGAUACAUGUCUCACUGUCUCAGUCUGCACCAAGCUGAUAUCUGAUAUUAUUUUUAUAGUUUUAAUGUAUUUUUUUAGGUUUACAGAGUUUUACCUUUGUUGCAUCCAGAUUUGUCACACUUAACCUUUGCAGUAUAUCAUAAUUAAUAAUGCAUUUGAUUAUAGAUAAUUUUAACAUUAUUAAUAUAGAUAAUAAUAGUUACUGUUGAGAUUAGGUAAUUUUGUUAUAAUAUUUAAAAACUAGGAAUUAGAGUAUAUGGCAGGCUUGGAGCCUGGUGGUAGUGUAGUCCGUUCAAUAGGCACACCUAACAUUAUCAAAUGUGGGGCACAAACUUGGUGGAGGGACUGUUUCUGUGCCGCCAUAGGCGAUAGUGAGCUAAAGAGUAGCCUAUCUGGAUUUUUUGUUUUUAAUUAUUAAUGAUCCACGAGACAUCUAGAGUUAAAUCUAACUAUGUGCUUUUCUUUGUAUUCAUUCAUACACACACUGGUAAUAUUUCUGUGGUGUUUGAUUCACUUAAUUGAGUGAAAUUCUAUUGUGAUAAACACUCACAAAUUCGUGCCACUAUAGUUUAUCGACUCAGCCGUUGUCUUUCCCUCUAAUCCCAAGCCAUUCGUAACAUGA